CUGAGGGUGGCAAGGAACUUUAACUGGGUGCUGGUUUAAUUGGCUUCCUGUUGUGGGCUGAUGUCCUGUGCGGCCAAGAACAAUCAGCGGCCACUUCUUUUUUUUUUUUUUUUUUUUCAGUUCACUGAGUUCAGUUAAAAGGACGGGUGGCCACUGACAUUAUUGAAGGAGAGAACCCAGAGCGACAUCAUGCUGGCUUCUGUCAGAGCAGUGGGAAGAUACCUUGCUGAAGCAGUGGGUGCCCACAAGGAGCAGGUGCUGCGACUGCUCAGGUUUAUGUUGUCCAUAACUGCAAAGGAUGAAGAGAGGCCAGUUCAUGCUGUUAGAUUUCUGCUUCCAGCCCUGAUAUCCAUAUCCAGGGAAACGAAGGGGUGCAAGGCACUUGUUGCAUGCAAUGGUCAUAAGAAGAUUGUUGCAUGUCUACAGGGCCUUGCGCCUAGUGCUGGUCCACAAAGCAGAGAGGGGGCAGCAAAACCAGACUCAGAGGACGGCGAAGCAGCUUUCAAUGUAGCUAUGGUGGAGGCAUGCGAUGUACUCCUGAAUGUCAUGAACUUGAGUGACGACUUUCAUGAUUUGCUGGAGGGAAAGGAUAUCCUCGCUGUUCUUCCAGUGCUUGUUCAAUGAUACUUGGAGAGCUUGAGAAAGACGAUCGAUCUGCUUUUACAGCGAAAAUUUGAAAAUGGAUGGAAGGCGGCAAUGCAUGGUGUGAGGGAUGGAAGGAGAUCAAAGGUCUACAGGAGAAUCAGAAGUGCUGCAUAACGGGAAGAGCGUCAAAUUAGGGGAUUGCAAAUCAUUUCUGGAGAGAGUGGGGGGAGAAGUCAAGGUUGUACGUACACCUGUGCCACUAGACAAACAAGAACUUGAUCAGAGAAACCUUGUGUCACUACUGAAGCAACUGAGGAAACAUGGAAAAUGUUGUACCCCGCAAAUAAUUUCAGCAGGAAGGCAUCCCGAUCCUCUCUGUGGAGCUCUCUCUUCGGAGCUACUAGGAAAGGAUACGGAAUGAACAUAGCCUACAGAA